AUGGCUCUGCCUCUGCUCCCAGGGAGCUCAUUGACCAGAAACUUGGGAAAAGAAAAAUUUAAUAAGUCCCAUCAUUUUGAGUAUGCAAAUGGGGUACCAAUGGUGGUGGGUGAAGACAAGGCAGACAUUGAUGGGCAGCAUCGAGCAAAGAACCCAAUGUUUCCAAAAGGAGAGGGCAGUAAUGCCCCAUCAUGGCUAACCUUUGACAAACAGGUGCUGUGCUUUCAUGCAUAUUUCCAAGAGGAUGAGCCUCAGAUGAGCGAGAAAGAACACAGGAUCCGGAAGUGCAAGAUUUAUUUCUACCUUGAAGAUAACACCAUUCAAGUAAUGGAGCCUGAGGUCAAGAACAGCGGAAUCCUACAGGGGACUCUUAUUAAGCGCCAGCGUAUUCCAAUGCCAUUUCCUGAUGACGACCAGUUCUACAGCGUACACCAUUUCAACAUUAACCAUGAGAUGGUGCUUUACUCUAGGACCUUUAUGAUCACAGAUUGUGACCACUUCACCCGCAAAUUUCUGGAAAACCUUGGAGUGCGUCUCAAUCCACCUGCUGUUACCCCUAUGGAUCCAUACACCAACCAACGAAAGGAAAUGGAAUUAAGCAUGAAACCACUGCGCCCAUAUGAGAGGCAACACACUUUAAGGCAGUUUCUGGAUCAUGACCGUAAAGUCCUGCGCUUCUAUUGCUACUGGGACGACACAGAGAACAUGUUUGGAGACCCCAGAGAGCUCAUUUUGCUUUAUUUUUUGGCCGAUGAUACCAUAGAAAUUCGUGAGGUCAUAUAUCCAAACUCAGGCCGAGAUGCUGCCUCGAAAUUCCUGAACAGAAGUAAGCUUCCCAAGCAUGCUCCCAUUUCUGUACAUCAGCCUGGAGAAAUAACAAACCGUCCUCUCCUUAAUGUGUUUGGACGAAUGGGACGAGGGGAACGCUAUGUUCUGGACAGACAAACAGGUGCUCUGAAGGAGGAGUUCUACAAGGAUAGUGACUUGAUCAUAGGAGGAGUCAUAAAUGUCUGGGGCAGAAGAGUGGUAAUCUGUGAUUGUGAUGAGUUCACUAAAGAGUACUACCAUUCCACUUACGGCAUUGAGGACUUUGGUCCAGUGCAGUACAAAUCCACUUUAUCCAAUAAGAUAGCCCGACAGGUGCCACCCUACACUGGAUUUGGGUCUGAGGAGGACUCCCUAGGCUCCUGCCUAGGUCUGAUGCCCAAGCGCCCACAGAAGGACUUCCGGAAAGUGUUGGAGAAAGACAGACAAGGCAUGGUGAGCAAUGUGCUGAGAUUUGUGGGUAAACUGGUAACAGACAACCCUAACGACAAACGCCGUGAUUUCAUCAUCUCAUUCUACCUCUGUGAUGAUACCAUAUCAGUGUUUGAGCUGCCUAAGAAGAACUCAGGUACUGUGCUUGGUGGUAAGUUCUUGGAGAGAAAUCGUGUUAAGAAACCAGGCCAGGAGCUCUUUAAGAGUGAGAUGUCAGAGUACAUAAAGCCUCAGGAUUUGUAUGUGGGAGCCAGACUGAUUCUCAAUGACCAUCCCUUCCAACUGGUGGAUGCAGAUGAGUUCACCUUCAGCUACAUGGAACAGCAUGCAGAGCAGUUCCCCAGGGCCAACAUCAGGACCAUUAUUAAUAAGAUCAAGUCUUUCAAUGAGGAAAAACAAAAGGAGAUGGAGCAGUUCCUCACUAGGAGUGACCCAGGAAACACUGGCUACAUUCAAUAUGAGCCCUUCAGGAUAUUUCUGGCUGGUAUGGACUGCCAGCUGUCACAACAUGAGAUUGUGACGUUGUGUCGUGCCUACUCUGUGUGGGAACAGCCAGAGGUGGAGGUGAGCUACAUGCUGGCUGUGGCUCAGGACCAACUGAGAAAAAAGCAAUUUGAGAGCUUUUCUGAAAUGCUUCGGGCCUUCAUUCAUGAGGAUAGAACUAGAUCGGGACUCUUGUCCAUCAAAGAGACCAUAGUCAUCUGCAGAGCGUUCAAGAUGCCUUUGGUUGAUGACCUACUAAGAGCCCUGCUCCAGAGGUUUGAGAAGGAGUCAGAGAAUAUUGACUACAAUGCCUUCCUGUCCGGAAUCAACUGGAGAGAGAAUCCAGCUUCUCCGGUCGUACCAAAUGAUGCUUUCAAAUUUGGUUUAAAUUUGAAUGGAGAAACUGUACACCCAGCAGUUAAAAACAUCAACUACUCUAUCUUGCUGGAGGAUGUCUUUGGUAAAGCCACAGACACUAAUGACAGCUGA